AUGCCCGAGGAAGGCUGGGGUGACGAUACACCCAUGAACCGAUCGAAAAGGCCCAAGAAAAAAGUCAAAAACCGUGGCCUGGAUCAGUUUUCUCACUGGAUAGCGAAGGUGACACCUUAUGACGAACCAUAUGAUGAUAUCGGCUCUUUCACGCCGGAAAAGGAUACCCGCAAUUCUGAAUACAGACCCUACUCAAUACCAGCGUAUCCCGAGCCUCUGGUAAGACCUACGGAAGCUGAGAUACCUGAGGUGACACUAUGUCUACCGACGCUCAGUGUUUCUUUGACGGCGACUGUGGACGGCACAGUCGCUCAUACAGAGCUGGUGCAGAAGUUCCGCAAUCCUUCUGAUGAAAUAAUCGACGCUGCAAAGCACGUUUUCCCUCUAUACGAUGGCGCUGUUAUCACAUCCUUCGAAUGCACAAUCGGUGAUGAACGUCGUGUCAGAGGCGUCGUCAAGCCCAAGGUGCAAGCGCGAAAGGAAUUCGAAGAAGCAGUGCGCGAUAAAGUGGCAGCUCCCGCUCUGCUGGAAGAACAUACUCCUGAGAUCUUUGAGACGUCUCUAGGAAACAUUCCCGCCAAUACCACGGUGGAGAUCAAGAUCACGUACGUCCAAGAGCUGAAGGUUGUCAUGAUGGAGACAGAAGCAACCGAGGGCAUAGCUCUCACUAUUCCGAUGUCUAUCGCUCCGAGAUACAGCAAGUCACCAAUCGAGUGGGAGCCUGCAUCAAGAGUACCAGAGGAGAAGCUUGACAUAUGGAUCAAGGUCAUAGAUAAUGGAAAAGUCAACCAUGAAGGUUGUGACGAGGAGUCAGGUCACCUCCUCAAGUUUGAGGGCGCCAAGCCUGUCGAAUACUCCAACUUGCUGGAAAAGGAUGCAUCAACCAGAACCUACUAUGUCUGGCACCAUGAGUCAGAGCCACCCGUUCUGAGAAAAGACUUUGUGUUUGUCAUUCAGAUGAAUGAAGGCCACCAAAUCAAGUCACGAGCCAUCGCUUGUCCGGCAGAUGACAAGGGUCUCGCUGCUAUGAGAGUAAACAUCCGGCCUAACAAUCUUUUCCGCAACGCCAUUAUUCCCCAAUCAUUCACUGGAGAGAUUUUGUUUCUUCUUGAUCAAUCUGGAUCUAUGGGAUGGUCAAACGGUUCACCUGGCUAUGGCAGACGGCGUACCGGAGGACGAAAGAUUGAUGUUAUGCGGGAAGCAAUGCUCCUAGCUCUUUCAGGCAUACCGUCGACAUGCAUCUUUAACAUUAUCUCAUGGGGUUCAGCGACAGUAGGCCUAUGGGAAAACUCCCAACCUCACACGCAGGAGAAUAUCAGAGAGGCCAAGAGUUACGUGUCUCGGAUGGAGGCUAAUAUGGACGGAACGGAUCUCCUUCGGGCGCUGGAAGCAGUGGUGAAGCGGCGGGUUCAAGAGCGAGAAUCUACACAGAUCAUCAUUCUCACAGAUGGUGAACUGGAACCCGAAGAUUCGAUCCAGUUCAUCUGGAAGAAACGCCAGCUAUUCGGGGAUAAAGUUCGGUUCUUUGCUCUGGGCAUUGGAGAUGAGGUUUCUCAUCGUCUAGUCGAGAGUAUUGCGGAGUGUGGUGGCGGCUACAGUGAUGUAGUUCAUACUACGCAGACGCCGAGAUGGCAUGAUCGGCUGAAUCGUCUGCUGAAGUCGGCUCUGGAACCGAACAGCUGGAGUUGUGACAUUGAUCUCGGUAGUGGUUUUGAAAGGAAGAACGUGGUUGAUUACAACCUUGGACAGGAUAAUCCUGCCGACGGUAGCGACAUACCUUACAUCCAAGCCCCAUUUCCGAUCUCAUCUCUCCAUCCCUUCACCUUCGCGUCUAUUUCCUUCUUGAUCGACCUUCGCCAUGGGGGAGCCAUCCCAAAGACUAUUACUAUAAGCACAACAACAGCCGGUGCGAAGAAGAAAACCUAUGAAUUACCCAUCGAGACUUCAUCAGGCAGCGACGGCACAAUCCACCGACUAGUGGCUAAGUCUGUCCUGCUGGAUCUUCAAGACUCAAUCAAGCGCGGGACAACCGAAACAGAAGUCGCCAAAGGAAAUGCAGAGUCUAUUGGCACGAUGUACUCCAUCACCAGCAAGUGGACAAGCUUCGUAGCUGUCUCGGAAAAUCAGCCUAACCAAACGGUGGAAGAGCAGAAGAUGAACCAUUACAAAGCACUAUUUGACGAGAUAGACAUCGACGAGCUUCUCAACAACGUCGAUGAUGAAAGCAGUAUAACUUCUGGUUCGUCGCUUGAGUUUUCCGGUGUUGACAAUCAGGGUCCCGGAAUGAAUAGUCUACCCUGGUCACCACAGUUCGCUAGGCCUCCAAGCCAUAAUGGUUACGGCCGACAACUCGAGUCUGCGAACCCUAUUCCAAUACCUGCUCCUAUGCCUAGGUAUGCGCCAGUACAGCCAUCACCCGGACAGAGUUCACAGCCUCGGUACACUGGCGAUAAUCGACUUGGCCAACAUAUUGUCGAAGAGGGUAGCCUUAGGAACCUUUAUGAUGAAGAUGAUAGUGAUGAGUCCGAGGCCCUACCACGCGCAGGCCCUCCAGUCACCCGGUGCAUGUCCCCUCCAGGGCCGGUAGCGCCACAAGGAUCUGAUGAUAGUGGCGAUGCCAUUACGAGUCGGCGUCAUAGGGUCUCGGACCAUUCGAGCGAGGUACUUCAGCGGAGACCUUGGGAACGCCCGGGUUCUACUAUGUCCCAAAUUCGGCCGAACAGCGUCGAUGAUGAUGUUACCAUACCCUCAAGACAGCGCGUUUAUGGUUACAGUUCCUCGUCGGUUAGCGCUUUCCAGGAUAUUCCUCCCUUUCCUAAUGAUUCUUCUUAUCAAGAAGCAGAAAGAUUGGAGCGCACGCGAGCGGAAACUACAGACGGCAGCGUGUCGGACUUACUCCUACUUACGGAAGAAGACGCUGUAGCUGGCGAACUUAUCGCUGUUACAAGUAAACCAUCUGGCGACGAGUCGCACGGUCAAGCUGCUGCUACGCUACGAGGUUCUAAAUCUUCGUACGCUCUGCCCUUGGGUAAUCGCAGACCUCGACUACCAAAAGACUACGCUUAUGAUGGUAACUCCGAUGAUGAUACAGCUCAAGGUUCUCGGCCUCAGAAAUCUCCUCAAAGCGCUUCGCCAUCUCGACGCCCCAGCGCGGAUGAAAACGGGCGCGUCCUCGAGCCUGCAAACUCGACGCCUUCCCCUGAGUUCUAUGCACCGCCAGUAUUCUCCGGACACAUACCACGUCCCAAGUCUAUUGUCGUUUCUGAGAGACUCAGUGAAAAGGUCCAUCGACGCAAGGAAUUUGCCCAAGCAGAGGUUGCUGAUGAGCCCAUGGUCGCACCUAGCGCCAAUCAUGGAUUUGCCAUACCUGCAGCCAUGAUCAAGCCGGAAGAGCCACAGGCAUCUGAUGAUAGCGACACUAGUCAGAAAGCCUCUUAUCCUUCGAGUUUGGCUCAUAGACCAGGUUCCAGUGAUGGGUUAGCUCGGGAGAGGUCUAUGGUGACGAACGUUGACAGUGAGGUUUUCAUAUUAGGAGGGCGACAGCGCUUUGAUAGGUUGUCGAAGCCUGACAUGCCUCGUCCAGUCGCGUCGCCGUCUGGACGUCCUAGUGUCGACGAACGUGGCAAGGCCCCCUCGUCUCAGGCCUCGUCACAAUCGGGUGAGUUUGCCUCUCUUGGCAGGACACCACGGAGAGAGCGAGAGAAUGCACCUGGUAGUCCUCAAUUCUUAAAUCCUAGCGCUUUCCAAAGACAGCCGCGUACCGUCCAAUCUUGGGACUCAGAUUAUGAUUCGGAUUACGAUAUAAAGAGUUUAGGCAGUCGAGAUUCAGCCUCACCUCAGCCGGAAAUCCACGGACCCCUGGACUGGCAGUUCGCGAUGGAGUGCCAAGACGGUCAGGGUCUCUUCGAUCUUGGUGAAAAAAAGCCAUUUCUACACUUGCACUUUUGUCCAGAAACCGCCACGAAGAUCAGUCCCAAGAUUUGUGAACUUCUGCAUAACUCCUCGAUUCCAGAACAAGAGAGGGAUGAUAUAUCUGCCCGACUGCUUGACACAUUGAUGAUGAUCGAGUGUUACAAAACGCACCGGGCGCAGGAGGAAGAUACCUGGGAUCUGAUGAUGGAGAGGGCGUGGGACGCCGUAAUAUCGGUUCUUGGACUUUCCGAUGAAGAAGAAGAAUUGGAAGAAUUGGCGGGUCAAUUGAGGGGAGCAAUGAUGCACGCACAUUAUAUUGCUGCAACUGGAGUUACGGGUUCGGAGACGGAUGGUCAUACUGUGAAUACUGUGAGAUGCCCAACCUGUAACGUGGUAUGGCGAACAACAAGGCAGUUCUGGUGUCCUUUUGAUCACGACUACGACAACGAGGUUGAUGAGAUUUUGAACUGGGAUGAUUUUUGGAAACAUCAAUCUGGGACCGAAGUCACAGAGGUCGAGCGUCCCAUAAGAUCUGUCGAUAUUUCAGUGUCGUACACUAUUGAAGACAUCAUGGAUCCAGACAAGACCAGCACAGAUGGCGGAGAGAACGUGAGGGGUUCAACAGGUUCGCAACCUCUCCUCUCAACACCCGACAUGGACCGAAGAAUCAGACACGCCUUCGACCGUCGCGUCAUGCCCGUCGUCUGCUGUCUCUACGUCCUAUCGUACCUCGACCGCGGUAACAUCGGCAACGCCAAAACCGCCGGUGCACAAGAAGCCCUGAACCUAAGCUCCGAUGACUGGUCAUGGGUUCUCAAUUCGUUUUAUAUCGCGUAUAUCCUGUUUGAGUGGACGACUAUGCUUUGGAAGAUAUUCCCUGCUCAUAUCUAUGUCUCGAUCCUUUGUGUCUGCUGGGGAACGGCUGCGAUGUGUUCCGGGGCAGUGCAUAAUAUGACCCAAUUGAUAGUCACGCGCAUCUUCCUCGGUAUCUUCGAAGCUACGUUUGGCGCUGGUGCUCCAUUCUUCUUAUCGUGUCUGUAUAAAAGAAGAGAGCUGGGUCUCCGGAUGUCUAUCUUACUUGGCAUGUCGCCUCUUGCAAACACCUUUGCGUCAAGCUUAGCAUACGGCAUCACCCAUAUAAAAGGGUCUCUAGCCCCAUGGAGACUACUAUUCAUCAUCGAGGGCGCACCGACCAUCGCCUUCGCUCCCGUGGUCUACUUCUUCCUCAUCGACUCCCCCGCAACCGCCAAGUUUCUCACUGAAGAGGAAAGAUAUUUCGCCGUUCAGCGCGUACAAGGUCCCGAUGGAGUCAAGAAAAACGUCAACUGGAGACAAAUCAUGGCCGGAAUACUCGACUACAAGAAUUACGUCCACUCCAUUAUUCACUUCUGCUGCAACUUUUCAUUUGCAGCUUUGUCCAAUUUCCUUCCCACCAUAGUCAGCGCCAUGGGCUACAGUUCUAUCAACGCCCAGGGACUCACAGCGCCGGCUUAUUUCACGGCGUUCCUUCUCUGUAUGGGAGCUGCGUUCUUCUCAGAUCGGUGCGGAAAUCGUGGGUUUGUCGUAGCUGGCUUUGCUGCCAUGGCCACCGUUGGCUAUGGUCUUCUUGCAGGUAUACAAGAUAUCCAUCGCCCGGGCCCCAGAUACGCUGGUGUAUGGCUCGCAGCCUGCGGAAUCUUCCCAGCGCUCUGCAUCAACAUUACAUGGUUACUCAACAACCAGGGACGGGAUUCGAAGAAGGGAGCAGGUCUUGCCAUCACGUUGAUAAUUGGGCAAUGCUCGUCUCUCCUCAGCAGUUACAUGUUUCCAAAAGAAGAUGCACCAUUCUUUGUCAAGGGUUGCGCAAUCGGCUGUGGUAUGAGCGGCGCUAUCGUCAUUCUGGCUUUGUUUAUGCAUUUCGCUCUGGAGAGAGAGAAUAUGCGUAACGAGAAGCUUUAUGGACCUUUGGACAACGACGCUGAGGUGGACGAUGCAGAUGACGGCGAACAAGGCAAAAACUUUCGAUACCUGACCUGA